CAUUGGCUGACAGAUUACUGGCGGGGCAAUGCAAAGUUUACGGUGAGUUCAAAGCUAAAAUUACUAACAUAUAACGCCGUUGUCUGCAACAUCGACGACGAUCUGAUUAAUUAAUGCCAAAUUAGACAUGGAUAGACGACUGACGACGAAUAGAAGAGUUUUGCCAGUCGCGUAGCCAGCUGUAAACUAGAGUAAGGCGCGCUUUGUUGUCAUUCACUCACUACCUGCUGUUAAGUUAGCUAGCAGCGCUCCGAGCUGAACCGAGAUGAGCUCCUCACGGGAAAUCAAGCAGCUGCAGAAAGCAAAGAGCAAAGCACAGCAAAACAACAACUUGAAGGAGGAGGCCAACAUCUGCAAUCAGCUUGGAGAGUUGCUGUCCAGGAGUGGUGAUUAUGAGGCUGCCAUUAGGGAGCACCAGCAGGAGUUGUCUCUCUCCGAGGUGCUGAACGAUGUGAUUGGACGAGCCGUGGCGAAUCGCAAGAUCGGGGAGUGCUACGCAGAGAUGGGAAACAUUGCGGCUGCUUUGAAACACCAGCGUUGUCACUUGGACCUGGCUCGCUCCGUCAGGGAUCAUGCUGAAGAGCAAAGGGCGCUGGCCACCAUCGGCCGAACCUACCUCUUCCGUUACGAAUCGGACCAGUCGAGGAGCAGUUUGGAGCAAGCGGAGGACGCCUUCAGAAAGAGCUUGGCCAUUGUGGAUGAACGUCUGGAUGGGACUGUGCCUGUGCGAGAGAUUAAAGAGAUGAAAGCACGUCUCUUCCUCAAUCUGGGUCUGGUCUGUGAUCAUCUGGGGGAUCGCAAACGCUGCAGCGAGUUCAUCCGGCAAAGUGUCUUUAUCGCUGAGAAGAGCCAGCUGCUGGAGGAUCUCUACCGCGCAAACUUCAACCUGGGCAACAUCUGCUUCCGCAACGGACAGCAGUCCAACGCCAUCCGCUGCUUGGAGCAGGCCAAGGAGUGUGCCCGGAAGAUCAAGGACAAGUUCAGCGAGAGCGAGUGCUUUCACUGCAUUGGGAAGGUGCAGCUGUCUCUGGGGGAUUUUGUAGCAGCGAGGCGGUCUCUGAAGAAAGCCCUCCUGUUGGGUUCCCAGCAACCUCUGGAUAGGCAAGCAGUGAAGAAAGCUUUCAAAUAUGCUGACCGGGGUUGCAAACUAGAGGAGGAGCUGGGAGAAGAUCAGGUUAAAAGACUGAGUUCCCGUCGGGCUGUGGAGGUGACCGAGCAGCUGGGUGACCUCUGUUGUAAGGUUCUCUGCUACAGCAAAGCCCUGGAUUCUUAUCACGCUCAGCUAAAGGCUGCAGAAGCGCUCGGAAAACCUGCCAGGGAGUUGGCUGUCAUUCACGUGUCCCUGGCUGCCACCUACACUGACCUCAGACAACACGGCAAAGCAGUGGAGCACUACAGGAGGGAGCUGGCCUUAAGGCAGGGCAGCUCUACCGAGGAGUGCAGCACGUGGCUGAACAUCGCUGCGGCUCAGGAGGAGAGCGGCCGUGCCUUCGAGGACGUCGACAGCAGCUACAGCGCGGCCUCACGCUGCGCUCAGAAGUCCGGCCAGGCCGGGCUGCAGAAACGAGUGCUGAGGCUCUGGCUGGCGUCCCGGAGGCGAGGCGGCUCGUCGAACGGCGACGACACCGAGGCGAGGCUGCGGGAGCUUUGUAGUUCAGAGGGCUGGAUUCCAGACGGGAGCGACGGCGAGGAGGAUGAAGAGGAGGAGAUGGACAACAGCGAACCCCUGGAGGACAGCGACGUCAUUCUCUCGGACUCGGAUGAUGAUUUGGAGGGGUAUGACAAGAUGGUGUCAGGGCGGAGGAAGGCGGGGAGGUGGAACAAGAGGAAUGAAAAGGGCGAGACGUCUCUUCACAGAGCGUGUAUCGAUGGAAACCUGAGGCAGGUCCAGUAUCUGGUAGAACAGGGUCACCCAGUCAACCCCAGGGACUAUUGUGGCUGGACUCCCCUUCACGAGGCCUCCAACCACGGUCACUAUGACAUCGUGGCCGUGCUGCUGGAGCACGGCGCCAACGUCAACGACCCCGGCGGCCCCCUGUGCGAGGGAGUGACCCCGCUGCACGAUUCCCUCGCUUGUGGCAACUUGAAUGUUGCGAGACUCCUGGUGGAGCGAGGGGCCUCGGUCACACUACGCAACUCCAGGGGUGAAACGGCCCUGGAUACCCUGCGCCACUGGCAGAGGACGUACAGCAGAGAGCUGGACCAGGAAACCAGGCAGGAGUGUGCCGCCACAGAGAGGCUCCUCAGGAAGGCUCUAGCAGGGGGAGUGCCUGCUGCUGCGGCCCCUGCCAAGCCUUUUGAUGCCCUCCAGGACAGCCAGCUGUUUGAUGCCGAGAACUCUGAGCCGCUGUCGUCCACUGGAGGGCGCCGUUCCCCCAGCCAGGACCGGCCUCGAAGCGAGAGGGUCUCGGAGCAAAAAGCCGCCAGCCCCAAACGGCGGCAGAGCAGUGGCUCAAGUCAGCGUCUCAGAGCCAGAGGAACAGGGGCUGCGGUUCUGUACGGGAUUAACCAUAGCAGCUCAGAUGACAGCGACUCUGACUGCCCGGUCAGUCCCCUCCGUCCCGUCCGCCCUAGACACAGUUUCCCUCCAGCUCAGAGUCAAAAGGAAGCUCCCCCAAAUAAGGAACCCGCCUCAAUCCCAACCUCGGGUCGGGAGGGUGUCAGGGAGCCCCCUGCGCCUGCGCCUGCGUCCGUGUUUCAACGCGAGGAGUACCACAGCGCCAUCCGAAGCUUAGGCAGCUCCAAAACUCUUCGCCAGGGCCUCUCGCAGCCUCCGCUCUCCAGCACACCCGCCGUUUCAUCCAGCAACAAGACGGCUCUGAUUCCCGAGGAGCAGUAUCUGGCUGAUGACUGGCUGGAAGACGACAUGGAGGAAGUUCAGCCCAAGAAAAAGAGGAGGCUUCGAAUGGAGGACGACGGAAUGAGAGGGGAGGAAACGUAUUCUUCAGCAAGAAGUCAGAACUACUCGGACACAGUCAGCAGAGGUGCCGCAGUUCCCUCCUCCUCCAGCAGGAGUCACUCUGGGAGGAAGAACGGCUCGCUGAAGCCUCACCAGGUCAAAAUGACCCAGAUGCCGGGGAUGGUCAGGUUGGGCAGGCGAGAGGUGAACAGGUCGCACAGCCCCAAUGUUACAGACGACGACGACAACGCGAGACCCGACACGCCUCCACCUCCGCCACACAUCCACUUCCAGCCCCCACCUCAGUCUUUGGUUGCUCCCGUCCCCACACCACUGCCUCCACCAAUCAGGAUGAGGGUCAGAGUUCAGGAGGACGUGUUCCUCAUCCCGGUCCCACAAAGUGAGGCAGACUCCUGCACCGUGUCGUGGCUUUGUGAGCAGGCGGCUCAGCGUUACUACCAGAAAUGUGGCCUCCUGCCUCGUCUCUCGCUGCAGAAGGAAGGCGCUCUGCUCUCUCCGCACGACCUGCUGCUGGCUGUUUUGCACACCAAUGAAGAGGUUCUGGCUGAGGUUGACUCCUGGGAUCUCCCUCCUCUCCCCGAGCGCUACAAGAAGGCCUGUCAGAGCCUGGCAGUGGGCGAGAACAAGCGUGUCACCCGGCUGUGCGAGGUUCAAGAUGGCAGUUCCUCCGUGUCUGUGUCUGGCCUCAGUUUGCCCCCCUCGUCCCUCAACCCGCUCCUUCGUGCUCUGAAACUUCAGGCCAGCCUCACCGAGCUGCGUAUUUCCGGCAACCGUCUCCCCGACAACCUUCUCCCCGAACUGGUUGCCACGACGAUCACCAUGCCUCGGCUGCGGCUGCUGGACAUCUCCGCCAAUAGCGUUACGGGGGAAGGACUGGAGAAGGCUGUGAACGCUCUGAGGGGGCAGAGUCAUCAUGCGUUCCCGUGUCUAGAGGAGCUUGAUCUCAGCAUGAAUCCGCUGGGCGACGGCGUGUCUGAGUCUUUGUCCUGUCUGCUGUCCUGCUGCCCUCUCCUAACCAGGCUGUCCCUGCAGGCCUGUGGUCUCACGGCUCGUUUCCUUCAGCAGCAUCGGCUGCUGCUGGCUAACGCUCUGACAGGCACGGGCCACCUGAAGUCAGUGUGCCUAUCCCACAACGCACUGGGCUCCACCGGCUUCGAGCUGCUGUUAAAAACUCUGCCCCUCCACUGUCUCACACACCUGGACCUGUCUGCCGUCCGUAAGGGUCCUGCUGAUGUCCCGGCGCUGGAGCACCUCACCAAAGUCAUGACACAGGAUGAGUGUUCGCUGACCCACCUGAAUCUAGCAGCUAACGGUUUGACGGACAGCAGCGUAGCCGUCUUGGCCAGGUGUUUGCCGUCUUGCCCAUCCCUGGUGAGUCUGAACCUGUCAGGAAACCCGUUAGUCACAUCGGCGGGACUACAAAGCAUCCUGGCGUCUGUCAGAGAGGCCGGUCGACCACUGGCGCUUCUAAACCUCCAAGGUUGUCAGGUGUGCGGGCCCUGGGACGGUGAAUGUGUGGACGCCGAGCUAUCAGAGCUCGUCCGGGAUCUCCGUCUUUGCUCCCAAAGCCUGAACAAGCUGGACAGACAGACCUUAAAGCAGAACUGGGACAGGAGCCAGACACUCGGACGUGUCCUCGACCGUCACACCAAGUGUCUGCUCGCUACCGCAGCCUCUUCGUGAAGAAGAUGCGAGACGGUGACGGAUGUUUGGUCACCUUUAUCACUUUAUCACUGAUGACUUGGUGAUAUGUAUGCGUGUUUAUGUGUGCAUGACGACCUAAAUGUGACAGCUUCUGUUGUAUCAUGAUGAAGUGUUAUCCACACUUCACUGAAUUAAUGUAUGAUUUGAUUAAAAGUAAACUAUUAAAGUGUUCUGUAUUUUGAAAUGUA